AUGGUUGGCAUUACUCCGCCAUACCUCUUCUCGCCUGUCAAUCAGCAAGACAGGGAUCCGUCCUACGACUUUGACCCAAAGCCCGUUACUCGUGCUAGCUACUACUCGAUCGCCUCUUCAACGUCGACACCAAAACCCAAACAGGAGGGUCCACUGAUCGACUUCAACAGACACCCUGAUAGCUACAUCAUCGUGCCCUCUGCUCGUCCCAAUGUCCCGCCUAUGCACCCAAACACAAAGCAGAGGGUCAACGUGGCUCGGUGGUGCCAGUUUUCUCUCCGCUUGCUUCAGCUUAUAGCCGGUUUGGGAGCCCUUAUCUGCGUCAUUAUCAUCAGAGGCAUGAACGAUGUUCAGGGUUGGCUACUCAGAAUUCCUGUAAGUAUGGUCCUUGAGCUUGACUUUCUCGUACUCGCUAACUCACCAACAACANNGCCUGCUGUGGAUGCUGUAGUCUGUGCCUACGCUCUCUACAACCUUCAGCGCUCGCCAAGAAGACGCCCUGCGACCUCUUCGGCUAGUUACAAUGCCUUCUCUUUCUUUGUCGAUAUCGCUCUGGUACCCUUCUAUGUCUUCAUCGCCUUCUUCACGGCAAACAAUUGGACUAUGGCCCCUGGUGAUGAAGGACGUUGGUCCACUUUCUUCCACUCACCCAACAAGGAUGGUAAGGUGCUUGAGUCAGCCUUCCUGGUUGGCAGCGUUGCAGGUGCUUUGCAUCUGUUCAGCAUUCCCUUCGACAUCUACCUUUUCUCUACCUUCAAAAAGAUUGCUCAGUACCCACCCGACAUGAACCCUUUGGAGGACAAUCUCACCAGCAGAGUCAAUCGCAAGCACACUUACAAGAAUAGCGAUGCCUCGGCAUCAAUGUCCGAGCAAAGAUUGGCCAUGCUGAGUGGUAGCUCUCUGAGCCUUAGCAGUCCUACGCGUGUCUCCAAUAGAGACCAGCUCAUCCCUGAGGCCAACGUCCGACCUAUGUCUUUCUAUCAAUCACGCACCAACCUAGAUCCCAGCUAUUCAGGCCAUACCCAAGAUUCUGCACGUCAAUCCAGAUUCGAAUACCAGCAGCCAUCUUCGGCUCGUGUGUCGCAGACUAGUAUGCAUCGUGCAUCGCAAUCCCAUGAGCGUGAGCGCUCCCGUUCGCAGUCCUCUCGACCCCAGUCGUUCCAGCGUUACGCGAACCAGAGACCAACCAACCGCGAUUCUAUCCACGAUCCGAUGCCGACUCGUCCUCUCUCUUUCAUUACUGCUUCAGAGAACCUGAGUCGUACUGGCACUCCUCAGUCUGGCCGUACCGGCACUCCUCAGUCAGGCUGUACCGCUCAAAAGGACCAACCCGCGCAAGCUUUGCUCAACGACAACUGGUUCGUCCUCGCAGACGACGACGCUGAUUUGUCAUCUCCUCGCCGUGAUCCUGUUCCCGAGCUCCUCUCCGACCGCGACUCCAGUCCUGAGGUCCGUGAGCCUAAUGUCACUCAACUUCGCUUUGCCAGUGAAGAGUACAAGGAACUUCUUCCUCAACCUCUCCGCAUGCAUCCUCCCACGCCACCAGAGCAUGCUUUCGAUGCCGCCGACUUUUAUUUUGACGAAAUGCCCAACGGUACCCUCGAACUUGACGACUACUCUCCGCGCCAGACUCCGUCCAACACAAGUAUCGGUCGCGCUUUGAGCCCUCCGGCACCUGAAGCUACUGCUGUGUCUGCAAAGUCAUCCGUGUAUUCUCAGAACCCUGAUGACUCCAGCCGCUCUAGCACUCCUAAGGCCAAGCGCUACGGCAACCUCACUCCUGCUAUCAGUAAGCUCCAGGAGCAGACCGUGCCUAGAGGCCAAGGUCGUGUUGUCAGCAGGACUGGCGUCGAUAUAGCUGACUCAAGCGUGAUGUACCUCUCAUCGGAUGAUUCGUACGGUGCACGCACUCGCAAUGUGAGCGGUAAGAUCGCCGAAGAAGGUCUUGGUGGUGCCUGGGCUAGAAAGAGACAUGUCAGCGGGAAGGCAUGA